UGUCCAGUUGUUAGUAGCAUUGUUUUCCUUUAGUUACGCACGCUUCUGCGCGUUCAAACCUGGUAGAACAUUUUACAACAAGGAUACUUGUACAGCGUUGGAACAUUGUGAAAAUGAUCAGUUUAAUAGCACAACAGGACAAUGUACAUCAGGUGGACAAUGUCAACCAGAAUGGAUGGGACCAAGCUGUCAGUAUAUUAACCUGGCAUACAGAUUAAGUACCCUUGAUCCUCUUUUUGACGGAAAUUGGAGCACUGAUGCAACUAGAAAGAAUGUGGUUAUACAGCUUGAAAAUACUUUCAUCGUGUCGGCCAUAAAUAUAAUAGGCAACUUUUCGUCUGGAUUGACAGUAUCAGUCGAAGACAAUAUUGGAAAUAGCUGUUACCGAGGUUUAUUUCCUGAGAAUACCUGGACUAUAUUCUGUCAUAGAGUGUUGAAAACGAGUGUUUUAAGUAUAUCACUCGGUUUUCAAAUUAAUGUCAAAGAAAUAGAAGUUUUUGGAGGCAUAAACGUUGCACUGUGGAAGCGGGCCUAUCAGUCAAGUGUCUAUCAGAGCAGUACAUAUGAAGCCGACAAAGCUGUGGAUGGAUCAGAUGGCGGACAUGAUUUUAACUCUAAUUCCUGUACUCAUACAUCCGGUAAUGAAUUUCCUUCGUGGACAGUAGCACUGGGAGACUUUUACUCUAUUAUGUCAAUACUCAUAGCCAACAGAGACGACCAAAAUAGAAAACGAAUAGAUGGAUUUUCUAUAACCGGUAAAACAAGAAGUGGGACGGCUAUACCUUUCUAUUCUGAUGUAAGCCCACCGUCAACCGGAAGGAGGGAUAUCUGGAUAAACUCGGGAAAUAUCACCUCGGAACCUGUGAAUGAGAUUACAAUUCAUGGUAAUAACCGUACCACGAAGAACGAAGAAAUUUCCAUUUUUCUGCCUAGCGAGAAGACAUACGAGCCCAAUAUGCAUUUUUUCAAAGACCCCGCAUAUUUCCAAAUUACCCCACUAAGUGUCUUAAUAACGAAUUAUCCUGCAAAUGCAUGUGUACCCAGUGAAAGUGGACAAAGAAAGUGUGUGGGAUAUUGUCCCCAAAACUGUGAAUCUUCAGACGAAUGUCUUAAUGACAACUUUUCUUGCUCAAAAUGUCUUCCCGGUUGGAGUGGACCGUUCUGUGAUCAAGAAACAUCAAGUCAGCAACGUGAAAAGUACUGUAAUUAUCAACUUAAUCGUAAAGCAAACAACACGAACGGUUGCACAGCACUUCAACACUGUAAUAACGUUAACAAAUUUGAUGAGAGAACUGGUGAUUGUACUGGACAGAAUAAUCAAUGUAAGAAAGGCUGGAUGGGACCAGGAUGUCAAUACGUCAAUCUUGCUACCAACCCUCGGAACAGUGAUGCUGUUUUUGAUGGAGACUUAAACAAUGGCCGUGACAUACCAUUGGCAAAUGUUCUUCUAAACGGAAUAUUCACAGUAACAGCAGUCAACAUUUAUGUCAAUCCUAUGCAGUCCCCCACAACUGUGACGAUCAGUGAUAUCUCUAAUCAUAACUGCUACAACGGGAGAAUUCCCACGCGGUCCCCCACUAUCUUUUUCAACAGAUUGUGUAAAACAAGCAAAAUGACAAUACAAUUUGGAAGACAGAUAUUUGUGAAAGAGAUUGAAGUUUUUGGAGGUAAAAACGUUGCUUUAUGGAAAACAACCCGCCAAACCUCAACUCUAGAUGUUUGGACCUCUGAUAAAGCUGUAGAUGGUAGAGAUAGUCGUGGAGAUUUUGGUACUAAUACAUGUUCUCACACACAACAAUAUAUUACUACCCAGCCACAAUGGACUGUUAACCUAGGGAAUUCAUUCUCCAUCACAUCAAUUCGAAUUCGCAAUAGGAAUGGACUGCAGGAAAGAAUUAAUGGUUUUAUGGUAAUUGGGGUGACAAAUGGUGGACAAAAAAUAACCAUUUAUGAGGAUAAAGAACCAAAUUGCAUAACUGAUCGAGACGAUAUAUGGAUAGAUUCCUCCCGGAUGCCACAGGUGCGAGUUCAGGAAAUACAAAUCGAGUUACCUUAUGGGAAUAACAAGAUAUUAACACUAUGUGAAGUUUAUGUGUUUGCUUGCAGUCCUACAGAGAAUGGAAAGGAUAAUUGUCUAAGCUUUUGUUCAUACAAUUGCUCCGAAUCGGACACAUGUGUAAACGAAAACUUUUCCUGCAGCAGUUGCAAAAAAGGAUGGACAGGCUCCAGAUGCAAUCAGGUUGUAACAUGCAAUCAGCCGCCAAUUUCAACGGGGAUGACUGUAAGCCCUGUCCAAAACAAAUACGAUUAUAACACAACUAUCAGUGUUUCUUGUAAAGAAGGGUACAAGUUACAAGGAUCUUCGAUGGGAGUGUGCGGAUCGAAUUCGAGUUUUAUCUUUCAAAGUCCCCCAAACUGUACCGUCAUCAAAUGUGGAAAACCCAUCUUGCCAAACUCGGUAAUAUUACCCAGUGGACCGGAAUUCAUUUACAAAACGACGAUAAAUAUUACCUGUGAAGAGGGUUACUAUCUUCAAGGAUCCUCUUUUGCAAUAUGUGGAUCUAAUGGUUCCUUUACAUUUGAACACAAUUCUUCAUGUCAUAGGAUUAAGUGCCAAGUUCCUGAUAUUUCCAAAAAUGACACGCUCUUAAUAAAUGAGACAAGACAAGCGGUAUUCUACGGUGAAUCAAUUUGGUUUACUUGUGAAACGGGAUUCAAAUUAAACGCAACAUCAGUUGCAGUCUGUGGAUUGAACGGCACAUUUAAUUUUCAAAGUUUACCUCACUGUUCACGAAUUCAAUGUGAUGUUCCUAAAAAAUUUAGUCUAAAUAAUCUUAUUUUGAACGAGACAAGGCAAUCUGUAUUUUACGGAGAAGCUAUCCAAUUUACGUGUGAAGAAGGAUUUAACAUUAACGGGACAACAGUCUCUUCUUGUGAAUCGGAUGGCAAAUUUAAUAUUCAUGUUCCUCCUGUUUGUAAAAGCGUUCAGUGUGUUAUUAAGGAGGCACCACAUCGGAAAGUUUCUCCAGAGUACUUGAAGUAUUCUUUCAAUGAUAUCAUAUCUUUUUCUUGUACUGAGGGUUUUUACAUAUCUGACAAUGCCACUGCAACAUGCGAUUAUGGGAAUCAAUGGAGAAUACCAAAAUGGCCAAAAUGCAACCGUAUAAAAUGCCGCUUACCCACAGAUUUUCAUAAUAGAAGUAUUAUCCUAUCACCAAAUUUGACGGAGUUUGAUUACAAUGUUACUAUUACUAUAUCAUGCUUAAAGGGACACCCUAUAAAUGGAGAAAAACAUAAAACCUGUCAACUUAAUGGAAAUCUUCAGCUACCGGGAUGUGUAGAGGAGAGUCAAUCAAUGUCAUCAUCAUCAUCAUCUCCCAAUGGUGUAAUAGCUGGGGGUGUAGUGGGUGCAAUUUUAUUUGUUACAAUUCCAUUCAUCAUCCUUGUCAUCAUAGUUUGGAGAAGACGACGUGAAAAACCCAAUUAUACCAGAAAACCUGAAACCCAUUCCAUGAGCAGUCUUAAUAAUCUUGAUUCAAAAGAUACCAAUAGAAUGCUGCAGAAAGAUCAACCAAAAUCAAUAGAUGAGACAUCUACCUAUUACAACCUCAAUAGCUCAGAUGCAGAAAAGGCAAAGACGGCGCGACAGGAUGUUUAUUAUGAAUUCUCACCAAAUUUAGCACCGUCAGCAACAUCUGUUAAAGUUAAAGAGUUUAAAGAUUUCGUGGAAAAGAAAAGGAGACAAAAAGAAUACUUCAACGAAGAAUUCAUGAAAUUUUUCACUGGACUUCAAUUUCCUACGACUGCAGCUACAUCCCCAGGAAAUAGAUCAAAGAAUAAAUAUAAAAAUAUUUACCCUUAUGAUGACACGCGAGUAAAAUUAAAAACUGACAAUGAGCAUUUCAAGUCGGAUUUCAUAAACGCUUCCACAAUACACGUAGGUCUCUCUGUAAAGUCCUACAUUGCAGCUCAAGGACCAUUAGUUGCAACAAUUGGAGAUUUUUGGUGGAUGGUUUGGAAUGAAAAUUGUGAAAAAAUUGUCAUGCUUACUAAUCUUAUUGAGGAUGACAAGGUUAAAUGCAUUCAAUACUGGCCAGAAAAGAAUGAAAUGUCUGCCAAAAAUUUGAAUAUAGAAGUGGUAGAUGUUGAAAACUUCGCUGACUAUACUAUUCGAACAUUACUUUUGAGGAAAAGUAAAGAGGAGAGAAUAGUCCGCCAAUUCCACUUCACUGCUUGGCCGGAUAAAGGAGUACCGCUGUAUGCUUCCUCUUUAGUUCACUUCCACUCUAAAGUUAAGAAUACAGCAUCUCCGGGUAAAGGACCCCUUGUUGUGCACUGCAGUGCAGGGAUAGGACGAACAGGGACCUUUAUAGCGUUAGACUACCUUAUCCAACAGGCCAAGGAGUCUCAAUACGUGGAUGUGUUUGGAUGUGUCGAGACUCUGAGAAGACAGCGUGUUAAUAUGGUACAAACUCUGGAGCAGUAUAUUUUUGUACACAGUGCUUUGUUAGAGGCUUUAAUGUGUACAUCAUCUGAUCCCUCUACGGCCGAAUUCCCCAAAUUAUACGAAGAUCUGAUGAACAUAGACCAUAACAGUGGAAAACGAAAUAUUGAUAUACAAUUUGAGAACGUGUUGUCCUCCUUGGGAGAAAUUCCAGAGUCUGCUUUCAGAUUUGCUAAAGAACCAUUAAAUAAGAAGAAAAACCGCUAUAGUAAUGUGUUGCCAGUUGACAGUGAGAUGCCAGACUUAAGAGAUGAAGAAAAUAAGCGUGUAUACAUAAACGCUGUAUUUCUUCCGGCCUACAAAACAAGAAGAUCUUUCAUCGUGACACAAAUGCCUCUCAGAGACACCGUGGACGACUUUUGGAAGCUUCUUUCUCAUCAAAAAGUUUCAACUAUUGUAAUGCUUAACGAGACUGUACCUUCAAAGGUGAAUGACAAGCAGAAUAUUGGAAUGUACUGGCCAGAAGGAUCUGAAAGUGAAGAGUAUGGCAUGGUCGUCGUGUCUAAGGAAUGUUCGUCUACCAAGGAAAGGGAUUUCACUAUCAUCGAUCUUCUUUUCAAGCUAAAAGCCGACGAAGAGGAUGAAGAGAAACGAAUCCGGGUUUUCAAAUGCAAUUUCUGGUCGGAUUCCACAACUAUUCCGUCAUCAAUUCUUUCUUUCCUAAAAUUGAUAAAUGCUGUAGAGUUACACCAUGAUGGGCACAACACAGGCCCACUUGUUGUCCACUGCAUGAAUGGGGCAGAAAAAAGUGGAUUGUUUUGUGUAUUGCAAGCGGUUUUAGAGAGAAUGAAAAUAGAGCAAGAUGUUGCAAUACAUUCUGUUAUUCAACAGAUGCGCAGCGUGAGACCAAGUAUCAUCCCUAAUGUUGAACAGUUCAAAUUUUGUUAUGAUGUUGUCAUGGAGUUCAUGAAGCAGUAUGAUGCAUAUUCCAACUUUCAAUGACAAAGAAAUAAAAAAUUGACCGGACUACUGAAAGACAUUUGCUUAUUAUAUAAAUUGAUUUGCAUAUAAAACAUUUUAUUUUUUACCGGUGCCUUGUGCCAUUUAUAUAUGCUUUUUAUAAUAUUUCGUUUGAAAUUAUCAUUUAAUUUGAAAUUGACCUUUG